AUGCAUGGAUUUGGAAAGAGUCUAGAAUUAAAGAUCAAUGUCUUAUCAGAUGAAGUCGUCUUGCUUGGUCAACCACAGGAAGCAGCAGGGAAAAUGCUUCAGGGUACUCUAUCCUUGAAUGUAAAUGAGCCAAUCAAGGUCAAAUCAAUCAAUUUAUCCUUUAUCGGCAAAAUGAAAGUAUCUUGGUCUGAAGGUGUUGGACAUCAACAGCAUUUUCAUAAACAAGAACGCACCAUCAUUUCACAUCAUUGGGAAUUUGUUGGCAAUGAGCAGAAAAAAUCUCAAGUGUUGAAUGCCGGGAAAUACAAUUGGGUAUUUGAGCUCAUGUUACCUGGUGACCUACCACAGACCCUCGACUCGGAUGUAGGUAGUGUAAGCUAUAGACUAAAAGCGACAGUAGAAAGAACAGCCUUUGUGCAGAACACAGUCAAGAAGAAAGUCAUCAAAGUGCUUCGAUCUGUGUUACCUUCAGAGUUUGAAUUGAUCCAGUCACUAGAAAUUCACAACACUUGGGCAGAGAAAAUGGUUUACGAUAUCAGUGUUCCUUCAAAACUAUACGCAUUCAAUGACAAAAUACCCAUCACUUUCAAGAUACUUCCUAUUGCCUCUCAGCUCAAGGUUCAUGCUCUCAUGGCCUCUAUUAAGGAGUAUUGUACCUAUACAGCUAACGAUCAUACCAAGACAGACACACGGAUCAUUCGUCUUAUUAGACAGGACAAUCCCUUUGUCGAACCGAUUUCGGUCGAAAGACCGACGUGGGAGAAGACACUGCCACUAGAAGUACCCUCAAAGUCACCCAUGGUGUUUGCUGACGCUGACAGUGACAUGAUUCGCAUUCGACAUAGACUCAAGUUUGUCAUCUCUCUUGUCAAUGCAGACGGUCAUAUAUCAGAACUACGCUGCGCAGUGCAGAUCAUCAUUGUCGAAUCAUUUGUUGCCGCACAAGAGAUGACAACUCUCCCUGCCUACGACGAGAUGUGGCGAUCAGUGCCUUACGAUCCGUCUGUCGUCGAAAGACUAAGGGCUCGUUCGAUUUCUGAGGCCGGCAGCAAUGAGCCUCCCCCUCUGCUUCCUGAGAGUGAUCGAGAACCGGUCACUAUCAGCGGUUGGUCUCGUCUGCUGUCCGUGUCGCAAUCAGCCGUGCCUACUGCUGUAUCAUACGAUCAAGUACCUCAUUCACAGCCUGUGGCCAUUCCAGGAUCGAACAGUGGAAGUAGACAUCACUCACGACGACCCUCGGUUGACGAGCAGGACUUGGCCGACGUGCCACUGAGCGAGCUACAGAGAGAAGAUCGAGUCGAAGAAGGACACCAUUGGUGGGACGAGGUUGAUCUCGGCAAAGUACCUUCGUACAGGACAGUAGGAACCAAUUUAUUCCCAUAUUCUCUUCCGCCUGCAUAUGACUCUGUUAACAAUAGAUUUGAUCAUUCACCAGCCAAUCCAUAA